UAAGGCCUUGCUUUGGAUUCUAAUCAUCAAACCCUGUUUUUCUCUUCGCUCUUGUUUCGAUUCGAUCGAGGGCUUCGAUGGCGCAGCCGGCGGGCGAGGUUCCUCCGGCGAUUCCAGCGCCGGCGAGGGCGGGGCGGCAGCAGCAGCAGCAGGGGUUGGGCCAGUCGUUGUCGGGGAUCAUUAGGAUGGCGGUGAUCUGGUACUUCGCUAUGAAGUUCUUCGCUCCUAAGAAGCCCUCCGAACCCUCCAUCCCUAUUUCCAAUCUCUUCCAGAAGGGAGAGCUUUUAGAUAUGUGGCUCUAUGUCUCUGAACAUGAAAAAUUUAAUGACUUUGGCAAUGAGGAUGCCCUUGUCUGGCAUGAGACAAAUGUUCCAUAUGCAGUUUGGGGACCAGCUGGUACUCGCACUCAUUCUUUGAAAUAUUUCCCAUCAGAGGCUGUAAAACACAAUGGGAGUGUCUAUGCCCAUGUUUUCUUUGCACGCUCAGGUUACCCUGCAGAUCCUAAUGAUCCUGAAUAUCAACAGCUGUCUGCCUUUGGGAAAACACAUCCUAUUGUAAUCUACUUACCUAAGCCAAAAGAUGAUAGAAAAAGGAGCUUGCUGGGAAACUCCAAGGAUUUAGGAGAGCAAGAACCAUCACCUGUGGUGAAGGAUAAUAUCCAAGAUGAGUCUAAGGAAGAGGGUCCUGUGGAAUGGAUUUCUUAUUGGAAACCAAAUAUCACAAUUAAUUUGCUCGAUGACUUCACAAGAUACGCGCACAAUGCUAUCCCUCCCAAUGUUGCUGGACACUUAAAUGUGGAGCCAAACACGGGGAACUACUAUCCUACUAUCUAUUUUAAUGAGUUCUGGCUUUUGAGGGAUAAACUGAUACCUCUCAAUGAUUCUAUUUCGGAGUUGCUCCUAAAUUUAGAGCUUGGUCCAAUCAGUUUGACCAAGUGGCAAUUAUUCUUGCAAAUUGAGCAAUCAUUUCAGAUGCAUCGUAGUUAUGGAAGUAUGCUUGAAGGCGAAGCGGAUGAACUUAAGAGGGUAUUUUUGGAGGGAAACCCAUAUCUCCUUGCGGUAACGAUGGCUGUGUCUGUGCUCCAUUCCUUCUUUGAUAUGCUGGCCUUUAAGAACGAUAUACAAUUUUGGAAUAAAAAUAAAUCCAUGGAAGGAUUAUCUGCAAGAUCAGUUGUUGUGAACUUUUUCUGUCAACUUAUUGUUUUCCUUUACCUCCUUGAUAAUGAGACAUCAUGGAUGAUCCUUGCUAGCUCUGGCAUCGGUUGCUGCAUUGAAUUUUGGAAAAUUGGUAAAGCGAUGCACAUUGAGAUUGACAGAAGUGGAAGGAUUCCCAUGUUAAGAUUCCGUGACCGUGAUUCAUAUGCCAAGAAUAAAACCAAGGAGUAUGAUGAUCUUGCGAUGAAGUAUCUCUCUUAUGUUCUAUUCUUUUUGGUGGCUUGUUCUUCCAUUUAUUCUCUCAUGUACAAGGAGCAUAAAAGCUGGUAUUCGUGGAUCCUUUCUUCUUUGACAAGCUGUGUUUACAUGUUUGGUUUUAUUAUGAUGUGCCCCCAGCUGUUCAUCAACUAUAAACUGAAAUCUGUGGCUCAUUUACCCUGGAGACAAAUGACCUAUAAAUUUCUCAAUACCAUUAUUGAUGACCUCUUUGCUUUUGUCAUCAAAAUGCCAAUGCUACAUCGGCUAUCUGUUUUCCGGGAUGAUCUCAUUUUCUUGAUCUACCUAUACCAGAGAUGGAUAUACCCUGUGGACAAAAAACGUGUAAAUGAGUUUGGUUUCGGUGGUGAAGAUGCUGACCAACGUUUAGCUGCUACCGACGCAAGUGCAGCGCCCCAGGAUGGUGAUUCAAGAACUGAAGACAACAAGAAGACUAAUUGAGUUGUUCACUUUGAUUACUUUUCCGUGUUUUAGAAUUUAAAAAUCUCAGGCUGGCCAUUUCUGCAGAGCAGUUUGAUUUUAUGGCUGAGCUGGAUAAAAGGUAACUCCAACGUUUGGUAGUUAUCCAACCCCCAUAUGCAUGGCAAAUGUUAAGAUCAAGUUUUAUUAUUAGAUUCCAAAGUAGGCUGCAAAACUGGUGGUUUCGUCGGAAAUACACUUUUAAGUUAUUUGUUUGAUGUAUAUUGCCAGAGGCUUGAUAUCAUACAGCAAAGUGCGUCGUUUUGGUUAUUGAUAUUCUGGUUAGCAAAACAUAAGGGACUAUGGUGAAAGUUUUAUGAGAUUUAGUUUCCAUCUUGUUAACUCACGUUAAUCAUUAUUAUUAUUAUUGUCAUUGUUUCUUAGUGCUUUUA